GACAACUUGUUAAUGAGGAUAUUGUCUCUGCCGAAAGGUCAGCGUUCAUCCUGGUUCAACCAAAAGACUCCCAACGCUCUGCCGGGCUCUUACCACAGACGCUGUCUGCACUGGGGCUGCGUCACUCGGACCCCCGCCUGCGCGAGAUGAAGCAGCGCCUGAUGGAGGCCGUGACGCCCGAGGACCUGGUGCUGGACAUCCUGGACUACGGUCCCCAGCACGCCCGGCCCUCCGGCGCGCCCUCCCCCGCUCUGUCCGCCGCGUGCCCGGCCGCCUGCCUCACCCGCGAGGAGUUCCGCCGGGUCGUAGGGUCCAGCAUGACGCUCCUGUCGCGAGCGUUGAGGGGCCGCCUGACCAUCGCCCCGUUUGACGAGUUCUGCGCGCGGAUGCGCACCAUCUUCGAGCGCUGCGCCGCCAACUGCGAGGGGAGCGUGGCCGCGUACAUACCGCAGCUGGCCGUCAUGGACGCCCAGAGCUGGGGGGCCAGCGUCUGCAGCGUCGACGGCCAGCGCUUCUCGCUCGGGGACGCCAGCGAGCCCUUCACCCUGCAGUCCAUCAGGGGCGUGUGCCCGCUGACCGGGGAGCGCGUCCUGGGAGAGGCGCCCGUGCGCGACGCGCUCAGCCUCAUGCACUCCUGCGGCAUGUACGACUACUCGGGGCAGUUCGCGUUCAAGCUGAAUGGAAUCUAG